AUGGACCACAACGAACCCGACGGCUCGACAAUACAGCGUCGAGCCGAUACCGCUGUUGCUGCUGGGCCGACCCUGUCCACCACCUCGAUAGCUCUAUGCGCCGCCGGCGCCGUUUGCCUCCUACUGGCGGUCGGCGCGGCAGGUUACGCCUACCGCAGGUAUCGGCGAUCAAGAGCGUCGUCGAACACCUUCAAGGCCAAGAUCAGCGAGCCCGAGCUCAGGGCUGCUCCAAAGCACGCGCUCGUCGGGCCCUCGAUCCUCAUCAAGUCGCCCACCGACUUUGGACGCGUCUCGUCCUCGAAACCAUCAACGCCCGACUCCGCCAUCGACGCGGCGCUCGGUCUGAACCAGAAGGGCAACAGGUUUACCGCCUCCGACGAUGACUGGCUCGGAACGCGCGGUGGUGCUGCCGCCGUCGCGGCUCAAAAUGCUGCCGUUCCUGGUCCGUCCAGGCCACCACGCGCCAAGGUGGCCCGCACCGCCGGACCGCGAGCACCUUCCUCCUCGCCUCCGGCAACUGGAAGCGGCGCUGCCAAGUCAGGGCGAGGCGCGGUGCCAUCGCUUCUGAUCCGCAGCCUCGGGGAUCUACCACAGACGCAAACAACCCUGCAGGCCGGGCCCACCGUUCCUCUGGACGAAGCGCCAACAGGCUCGGCCAGCCUGAAAGCGCCCGACGCCGGCACCAGCAACGACGAAGACGACGAUGUGUCCCUCACGCCGAUCCUGAACCUCGACUUCACCUUUUCCGAGGAUGGCAAGGGGGACACGUCGGCCGUGGCCCUCGAGGACCAGCUCGACUUUGAGAUCGAACGGACGCGCUGGAUGUCGAGUGCGCUCUCGACUGCGUACGAGGGGCGGAUGUCGAUCAAGUCUUCCUCUCGCGCCCCUUCCCGCACCUCGAUGGCUUCCGCGAGCCCGCCGAAACCGGUGCCGCGGGAGCUGCCGCCUUUGACGCCGACCAGGAGCCGGGCACAGUCGGUGGCGCGUUCCGAUGCCACGGGCGCGGAUAGCAAGCCGGCCAGCAUCUACUACAGCGCUUCCUCUGCGUCGGGCUCGCUCGCGUCUUCGCAGUCGGCCAAGUCGAACAAGGCUUUCACAGCGAUCGCCAUGCCCGACCUGCCCACUCAGCCCCCGAACCAGCCAGCCUUCGGGUCUGGCGCUUCCACCGGCAGCGGGUUUCUGCCUGCCCCCACCUUCCGACCGCUCAGCCUGGGUCUUGCUUUUGGCAAGAGCACGUCUCAGACCUCGCUCGGCUCUGCCGUGUUUGGCAACAUGUCCGGCCUCUGGGCCGAACGGUCGGACGACGCCAACACGAGCGCGAGCGAUCUCGAGUCUGGCCUGUCGGAAUCGCAUGCAAUGAGCCGGGACUGGUCGAGCGGUGGCUUCUCGCACACCUCAUCCAACACCAGCCUCGGGUCCGACGCCCAGAACACGAGCAUCGCCAAGGCCACGGUCGUCCCCGCUGCUUCGCUUCCGCCGCUCCCACCGUUCCCGCGUCAUCUCAAGAAGCCCGUCGAUGUCAAGGCCGUCUCGCCCUCGAACAGCCCGGCGAGCAAGCUGGCAGUUCUCCCGUCUCCCUCGCAGGCACCUGCGCCCGAGAUCCAGCCAACGUCCGCCCCCGCGCCGGCACCUGUUGCCGAGCCGGUGUCUGAGUCGAGCCUCGAGCGAGAGGCCGAGCCUGCCACCGAGCUGACCGCCGAGCCCAUCGCUCCGGCUUUCACCCCGAUGCGAAAGCGCGCCUCGACCUUUGGCUCGUCCGGAGAGCUGUCGGCCAUUCUGCGCAAGGAUCAGCUGGCGACGUCCUCUGUGGCGCCGGCUGUGCCCUCGACCGCGGAGGCCCCAUCGACCGGGUCGUUGCAGAUCAACACUGUCCACGCCAAUGCGAGCGCCAUCUCGCUGCCCAUGGCCCUCUCUGAGGCCAAGCAGGCUCUACUGCGAGCCGGACCGCAGCUGCCCUUCAUGAGCCCCUACCACCAUGCCGUCUUCCCGGACCCGCCCUCGCACACCGGCCGGCGUUCGCUCGACGACCAGGGCCGCAUCCCGCUGCAGGUCCAGCUGGCGGCAAUGGCGAGCCCGGUCCUCGCAGGAUCGCCCAAGCCGAAGUUCAGCGAAAGUCUCAAGGCGCGCCUCAGCCUCAGCCGCAAGUCGCUGUCCGGCUCCCCUAUCCUUGGUGGACCCAAGGAGGGCUCGCCGCGCCUACCUCAGCUCGACCAGUCGCCCAAGCCCUCGAGUGCUGGUGUGCCCUUCCCGUCCUCUCAGGGCAGGGCCGACGUCGCCUCGUCGCCCACCCUCACUGGAUUUUUCCGCCCGCUUCGUUCCCUGUCGCGGCCAUCGACAGCGGAAGAGAAGCAGCGCAUCGCCCGCAGCCCGCUGUCCAGCAGCGACCCUCUUCCGGCCACGUCGGUCGCCCAAGCGGUUGCGAUCGUCGUCGCGGAGGCGGCGAGCAUCAAGUCGCCCGCAUCGGACGGCAAGGGCCCCGUCAGGUCCGAAGCGGGCGACCACGUCUCGCCCAUCAUGCAGCCUGGACGGUGGGCCGAAGGCGUUCCCCAGUCCCUCGCCGACGACAACCUGACGCCGCGCCGUCCGCCUCGGCCAGAGCUGCACCGCAUCGACCUCAGCGCCCUCAAGGGACUUCCGCUUUCGACGUCGACGUCGAGCACGGCCACCACGUCGCCUCUCGACGAGAUCGAGGCGCGCAUCUCGAUGCACAUCGAUGGGCCCGUCAAGACCGACGAGACGGAGGUGCCCACGCGAACCAACUUCGACUGCGAGAACAUCGCCAUGGAGGUCGUCGACGAGGAGCGCAACGCUGUGCACUCGCGCAGCGCCUCUGAGGUCUCGCUGGGCACCGCGCCCAGCUCGGUGCGCAUGAGCGUCGCCAGCUCGGUCGCCGCCAGUGCGGCCGAGACAAUGAGCAUCGUCAGCAGCUGUGCCACCGACUCGGUCAGCGGCGAGUUUGACGAGUCAGCGGCUGCCUCGCGCCGCGCCAAGCUCCUGGCGAGCGUCAAGCAGAACCUGGCAAAGGACCUGGCAAAGGACCGCGAGGCCACCCAAACGGCGCUCUCCAGCAACGCCCUGCACGACAUGUCGGCCAGCCUGUCGGACGAACCCAACAACUUCGGCCUUGGCCUUUACAGCGCUGAGCCCGAGGAGGAGGAGGGGGCGGCCGAGGUCGAGGUCGAGGAGGACGGAGACGUCUCAGCCUCGGCGACGGCGCUUGGCGGCCAGCCGCACCGAGGCCCGCGCUCCCUGCUCCUGUCCCGAGGCAGCCAGCACAAGCCGCUGGCGCUCAACCUCGUCGAUAGGCACGCCAAGCUCGAACACGACGCCAUGGCACCGCUGACGCCGCCCUACACGCCAAUCCACAGCCACAUGCUGCCGGCGGGCGGCGCUGUCCAGAGGCACUUCGAGUCGACCGCGACUGCGGCUGCGGCUGCGGCUGCAGCUCAGCAGACCGGUCGCCGCAAGCUCGAGCUCGUCUCUUCGAUCGGCGCAGGUGCCCGGCCCGGCGUGGUGCCCACCGGACGAUCGCGCUCCCACGCCGACAUCGCCGCCGCCAAGGACGCCUUCGCUGGGCCCAGGACGACGGGCACGCGGCUGAGUCCUCUGACGGGCAGCCCCUCGACGCCGUCGCUGCCGACGUUUGCGAGCGGCACCGACACCCCUUUGCUGCACGCCGGCUACGGCACGGGCAGUGCCAAGCUGAGGCCGCUCAGUCUUGCGUCGUCGUCGACGGUGGUGGGCGGCGGCGCGGCCAACAGCUCCGAGGCCGGGACUCCCAUCCUUCGCAAGCUGGCCGAACGGGCCGCCUUUUCGCCCGCGCUCAACACCGCCUCGGCGCUCUCGUCGCCCAACCCGAGCUACGUGGGCCGACCGAGCCUCGACCGCGCCAGCCGCCGCUUCUCGAGGUGCGGUCCGCCUGCCAAAGGUGGGGUUCUGCCCACAGUCAACUCCUCCGGCGCUCUGCAGACGGGUCGCGCCUACCAUGCCGAGAUUGCCUCGUCGACCAGCAAGGACUCGAUGCUGAUGUCGUCGUCCAACAACUCGUUUGCCUCGCUGUCCAACGGGACCUGCACCUCGAGCCCGGCGCGGCCGUCGUUCAAGAGCCUGUACGGCGGCGUCGGUGCGGCCGAGGCCAUCCGCCCGCCUUCGCUGGUGGCGACGCGCCGUGCUCCCCAGCCGCCGAUGGGCGAUGCCAUCGCCGAGGUGCGCACGUCGAGCGACGAGGUCCUCGCCGACGUCCUCAACCACGUCGACCUCGCCAGCGCCAUCGGCAUCUGA